GCAGCGUCAGGCAGGAGGGAGCGGCUCUGGUGGAGCGACAUAGACCGACAGUGGAGGAGAGAGAGAGAGAGAGAGAGAGAGAGCGAGCAGUGGAGCGGACGGGUGGAUGAUUCAGACAGACAGUCAGGAUGCGUGAAUACAAACUGGUUGUUUUAGGAUCAGGAGGAGUCGGCAAGUCAGCUCUGACUGUCCAGUUUGUUCAGGGAAUCUUUGUGGAGAUUGUAUGUAAUGCUUGUGAAGACAGCUUCCGCUCUCAAGUCGAGGUCGAUGGACAGCAGUGUAUGUUGGAGAUCCUGGACACAGCAGGAACAGAGCAGUUCACGGCGAUGCGAGAUCUGUACAUGAAGAACGGUCAGGGCUUCGCUCUGGUUUACUCCAUCACGGCUCAGUCGACUUUCAACGACCUGCAGGACCUCCGAGAGCAGAUCCUCAGAGUGAAGGACACCGAGGAGGUUCCCAUGAUCCUGGUUGGAAAUAAGUGCGACCUGGAGGUGGAGCGUGUGGUGGCCAAAGAGUCGGGCAUCGGACUCGCCCGCCAGUGGAACUCCUGCGCCUUCCUGGAGACCUCGGCCAAGAGCAAGAUCAACGUUAACGAGAUCUUCUAUGACCUUGUGCGUCAGAUUAACAGGAAGAGUCCAGUUCAAGGGAAAGCUCGCAAAAAGUCAAACUGUCAACUGCUCUAAUAACCGUUUUCUGCUCACCUGACCGACAACCAACCAACCAACCAACCAACCAACCAACCAACCAACCAACCAACCAACCAACCAAUCACAGGACAUCUUCCAGCUGGCCACGCCCCUUUAACACACCCACGUCAUCAUUAACAUCAGCCACCUCUGUUCCCGUGACGACCACAUCUCCCGUCCCCUCACCACACAGUCCAACAGAAACUGUUGCCUUGGAAACAUUAAAACUAAACAUCAAAAGACUGCAGCGGCGAUGAUGAUGAUGACGACGACGACGACGAUGGUGAAGAUUUUGAUUCUGCUGUUGCAGAAAUGGGGGCUGUCCAAACAACUGCCCAAGUUUCAACUACAGUUCCCAUCAUGCUCUCUGCUAUAGGCCAUUUUGCGCUGGGGGAGUGGCCAUGUGCUUUUACUUUUAAAUGUUUCUUUCCUUUCUUUCUUUUGACGUAUUUUUCAGCAGUCCCGAGCCAUUCACACGCAGUUUGACCUCUUCACUGUCAGCUCUGUGUGUGCGACUCUGGUUGAACCUGUGGAUCCAUACAGUGGUUAUUAUUAUGAUUCUGUGUGAAAAGAUAUAAAAGUCAUUUAAUGUUUUUGUUUUGGAUUUUUGGGGGAUUAGGGGGGUGCAGCAGCUUAUGUGAUCAGCUCACCGCGCUCGUAGCUUUGAGCUAACGUACGCUAACUGACAGCUACGGGGGUGAAUAGGCCCUUUUUACAGCAUGUCAGGGCAGGUGUAAUUAAUAGCAUUAAUUAUGGCCCUGUUCCAUUUAGGUGGGCCAGGACCCUGGUAUGAGCUAGCAUGCACUGGAAUGGCUGUGAGACGCUAAAUAGAAUGGAACCGUAAUUAAUUAGAUCAAUUGUAUCGGUGUUUACCCGUGUCAAAAUGUAAAAAGGGCCUAUAAGCAAUAUUCAUAGAAAAUGAUAACUAUCCGAAAUUUUCGAUUUGUUGGGUGACAGCUUUGUUGGCGUAUCUUUAAAGAAGUUUAUGUAGACAAAGCUUACGCAGCUUUGGGCUACCCUGUUAGCCUAGCAGCUAGUAAAAAUGCAUUAGAAAUAUUGUUUGUGGGGUGUUAGCAUUAUUAAUACAUUCCCAAACAAAUUGAUGGUAGCUGUUAGCCAUGGUCCUGCUAGUCCCAGUUGCAAAUGAAAUGCAUUAGCAUUGUUGGGAGAAAAUGCUAACUAUGCUAACACACGAUUUGUCGAGUAUUAGCUUUGUUGGCAUUUUCUUGAAGAAAUGAAUGUGAACUUAUAGCUUAAGGUAACCUCGUUAGCCUAGCAGCUAGUAAACAUUGUGGGCAGCAACUGUGUGUUGAUUUGUGGUGUUAGCAUUAUUAAGAUAUCCCUAAAGAAACUUAUGGUAGCUUGGCUAUAUUCACACAGAAACAAAUAGGGGGAGGGAUGAUUGCUGUGAGUUAGCGUGAGCUAGCUUGUCAUUUAGGAAAAGGUAAAACUGCUAAACAGUAUUAAAUUUGAAAACAUCAGCAAUGAAACUUGGGCGUUUGGGGGCGCUAUAGCAAAUAUCAAGGAGAGCUAACAAUGUUAGCCUGUUAACCCUGUUAGCCUAGCAGCUAGUAAAAAUGCAUUAGAAAUAUUGUUUGUGGGGUGUUAGCAUUAUUAAUACAUUCCCAAACAAAUUGAUGGUAGCUGUUAGCCAUGGUCCUUCUAUGGUAGCUUAUAGCUUCUAUACCAUAACUAUGGUAACAAUGCCACCAUGUCAAAGGAACGAUAGUAGCUGCGUGCUAACUCGUUAGCGUAGCAGCGCGGUGAGCUGACUCUAGAUCUGCUGCUCAGGGCGGACAUGUUGCCUUUAGACAGCAGACUCACACUGGUCCAGUACCUUCUAUGUAUGUGUGUGUAUGUGUGUGUUUGUGAGUGUGUGUUUCCGUGUGUUUAUGAGUGUAUGUGAGCAAUGAACCACAAAAGUUUCUGUGAUUAUCUUUUUGGCCCGGGGGUGGGUGGGUGGGGGGGGGGGGUUAUAUUUACUGAGCAGAGCAGCCAGCAGGUGUUGUUGCUGUAUUAUUAACCACAUUAUUACCUGACUAUUAAUGUUAUUAACACAUCUGAGAGGGGAAGCACUUAAUUAUCUGUCGAAAGUCCUUUAACUGAUGGGAAUAUACUAAACUAUCCAGCUGUGGAGGACCAAAAGAAAAGACAGAUCUGGUCCUUCUUAUCUUUGCAUUCUCAGAUCAUCGGGUGUAAUAUUUCAUGCUAACACUUUAGCAUACUCUCGGUUGAGUGGUAGUAGCUCAAAGCUAACAUGCUAAGGUGCUAGCGUGGAGUGCCGCUGACACCUGGGUAGUUUUCAGUAUUCUCAUCGGUUAAAGAAGAAAGUGUGACUAAAAUCUCAGUGUUUCUUUGUAACGGUAGCACGGCUGAGGUUGAGACCGACCGGAGGAGGUUGGGCUUAAAGCUGAAGCCCCGCCCCUUGUGCAUUUGGGGGGCGUGGCCUGUGAAGCAGCAGCCACAAAAAAAGCCUUUGAAUAUCUGUCUUUGUUUGAAAUGUGAGAGUGGUCAUCUUUCAGAUACAGUGUGUUGGACCAGAGACCUCUGUGAGUACUGCUGUGCACAGCGAUGUACUGUCAGGAGUACUGCGGUGCGUGCAGUGUGGUACUGCUGUCAGUAUUCUGGUUCUCCUGCAGUACGUUCAGUCAUGUAGCAUGUUGAUGUUUCUGUCAGUACUCAGUCUGACCUCCAGGAGGUGCUGCGACAGUUUGCAUGCCGAGCAGAGGCUUCAAGAUGAAAGGUCUGUUUGCAGCCGUGGGGGGGCAUUCCUGUCAGCUCCAGCGUUGAGAUGCUCGAUCCGUACCGGGAACACAAUUGUUUCUACUCAUGUCGCAUGUACGUAGAUGGUUGAGAUUAGGCAAUGACCUAACCUUGAGUGGUUAGUCAGGGUGGUUUCGCAUUGCCAGCUCUAUCUCCACAAGUGAUAACAUUUGCACCCUGCAAAAGAAGACGCCAUCUACAAUAUCAAAUGAAGUUAACUGUUGACACAAUACAGUACCGUGAGCUAUUUAAAUGAGCUGAUACAUGGUUAAACCUCAUUGGCUCUUACCAGUGUAUCUCCGUGUGUACUUCAUCCCCAGAAAUCCCACAAAUUGGUCCCAAAACGUCCCAGUUAGAGAGGAAACGCCCUAAACAUAUUACUUAAUAAUUUCCCGAAAGAACUGAGCAGGGCUGCCUUGUUGCACCAUCCAAAUUUGCUUCAAAACUUGACAUUUUCAGAGUGUAGCUCGCUAGCUCGAUGUUUGAUGUUUCCCCGAAGCGAACAGAGUUUAAGAACGGCAACGCACAGAGAGAGCGGAAGGAGCCUGACAUCCUGAAUCAGGUUCCCGGUACGGAUCGGGUCCUGACCGGGUUAUCCUAACGCAAUAUAAAUAAAACCGUUGCUUGCUAACACGCUAGCAUGCUAACAAAUAGGAAAGCCAGUGUUUGCGAUAGCCCCUCCCAGAUGAUUCCCAAUAAAAGCUCCCGGGGAAACCCUUUGGCCACACAGUUGAAGUCCCAGUCCCAGUGUCCUUGUGAUGCAAACGCCUGUUUUGCUCAACGGCUCGUGGCAACACCUGGAUAUCCGACACGUGCUCAGCCAAUCAAAU